CGAUAGGUAUGCAAUUCUCGUAGGCAAUCAGCUUUCCGCUUCCAGUCCGGAGACCCGCUGUGCUACACCACAUCAUAAUGCCAAAAUCAAAAGAAGUUCUGUCUUCCACAUCUGGAAGUGACUCCGACAGUGAAGUAGAGACCAAGGCAAAGAGAAAGAAGCCAAGUGCACCAGAGAAGCCAGCCAAAAAACCAAAGAGUGGAGAGAGUUCCAAGCCAGGAGGCUCAUCCAAAGGGACCAGUAAUGGUGACGACAACAUGUUCCAGAUUGGAAAGAUGAGAUAUGUCAGUGUCAGAGACUUCAAGGGGAAAGUCCUGAUUGACAUCAGAGAGUACUGGAUGAACCAAGAUGGGGAGAUGAAGCCAGGGAAAAAAGGUAUCUCCCUGAAUCCUGAACAAUGGAACCAACUGAAGGACCAGAUUUCAGAAAUUGAUGAUGCCAUUAAGAGAGUAUAAGCAUUCCUUUCAGUGUUAUCUGUUGAAAAAAUUGAACAUGUUGGCUAAUUAGUUUUGUAAAAACCCUGGGAUUGUUUUCUAAUGAACGUGUUUCAUUUUUAGUUUAUACAUCUAGUUGUCUGCUUAUUCUGGUUUUGUGUGUGAAACUUGUCUUUGAGCUGUUGUAGAAAAGGUAUGGGUGAAUGAGGAGGUGGUUGACCAUUACAGUUGGUGGGUGUAGUAUACCAAGACAGUAAUGUUUUUGUAUUGAAUAAUAAAAUCAAGGCACUAGCUUGAUGUUGUUUUUCAGUUAAUGUGUACGUUCAUGUAGUUUGAUUAUCAAAUAGAUAAAUCAUUGGAUGUUGUUUCAUCUGACUUUUGUAAUAUGUAGUAUUGGUGCUUGUCAGUUCAGAAAGCCGAGCCCAGUCUGCCAUGUUGUACCUUAAGGUGAUUCGAUUCAUGGUGAACCAUACGAUGGGUUUUGAAAAUAAAUGACACUAUUAAACAAACUGUCAUUAUAAAUUGUCCAAAGCAUCACAAUGGAAUUGCAUUACAUAAACAGGUUUGUGAUACCAGCUCUGUCAGUCAUGAAGAAUGUGAGUUGUGUAAGCUAAGGCUGGGCUCACACCAUAGUUUUAAAAUCCCAACAGAUAUUGAGUUGAGUUACAUCAUGCUCAUGAGGAGAAACUUCACAGAUAUUCUCUUCUGUAAUGUCACGCAUGCACACCGUACAAAUGUGAAAAUAAUGGCACAUCACAUGCUACACAAUAUUAACAUUUAUGUGCCUAUUGGGCAAAAGUGUUCUUCACCUGACAUGAUCUCAUGGAGAAGCAGAUGCAAGCAAACUAGAGAAUUUGAGUAAACAACUUGUAGUAACACCAGUAGUACUUUGUAAAAAAUGGCUAAAGCAUAAGCUGAAACAAUGAGUCUGAAUAAAAAAAUAUUUGGGAA